UACAGGCGUGAGCCACCACACCCAGUCUCUUUUUUACAAAGAAUAUAAAUAGCCGGUGGAUGUUAGAUUGGCAGCUGUUUGCAGAGAUGUCAGACUAUUUCAUUAUGGAAAGAUGCUCUCAAAAGACAAAAUAGAUAAAUCGAAUGAAAGUGUCCAUUUUUUCUCAGUGGCCUAAUCUGUCAGGUACCAUGCUUGGUUUUGAGGCCAUAGAAAGACAUUAGCACCCUCUUGGAGUUCAAAGUCUGGUGGAGGAAACCAAUCAUAAUAAUAAUGAGGGUUAACGACAACAGAACCUUGAAAGAUAACAUCUCCAGGGAAUAAGGAAGAGCAUUCCAAAGUAUUUUGCCAAAUGGCAAAAACCGCAGUUACUUUUGCACCAACCUUAACACAAAUAAAAGCAUGUACACAAACAAGAUACUCGAGGAAGAAUACGGCUGACACACAGAAAAGGAUCGUUAUCUUGUGGCUUUCCUGCAGCCUCGUUCCUUUCAGUCACAUAACACCCCAAAUCUGUGGACGGUUAAUGAGAGCUAGUAUCAUCCAGAGUCACGGCUGUUGCCUCGGACGACUUUAGAUGCAGCCCGCCAGCGGGAGAAACUGGAGGGAAUCCGCCAUACACAGGAACCAAGAAGGCUACGUGACAGGGGCUGCCCCGCAGCUCUCAGCCGCCGGCACUCCCAGCCCAGGUUUCCCGCCAAUCUCAGUUCCUAGAUCUUCCGAGGCUCCGCCCGCCGCCAAGCGGUCAGAGAGUUUUAAGGAAGGGGAAGUGUUGCAAGCCUAUCGAUAUCUCUGGAAUAGACUGCGCUACCCUACGCCGCCGCCGUCAAACUCCCGCAGACUUCUCUGUAGAUCGCUGAGCGAUACUUUCGGCAGCACCUCCUAGAUUCUCAGUUUUGCUGGAGGCCGCAACCAGGCCCGCGCCGCCACCAUGGUACGUUGAAUCCUGAUCUCUGGAAGGUUUAGGGCAGAGCUCUGGUGACUGUGGGAUGACGAGCCACCUGUCCUGUCAUCCUUAGCGCCGCCCGGGGCCACGAGGUAUGGGAGCCUCGGCUGACGGCCGGGCUCCGGCAGUGAUUCAGCAUCUCCGGCCUGGCCGAGCUAGGGGCUGUCGGUAGCCAGUGCGGCCUUUCCACCGCUUUCGCUUCCCGGGGAGCCUCCGACACUUCCUCCUCGGUCAGCUAGAUGAGUUUGCCCCUCAGGUUCCUUCAGUGGAGUAGAUUCUGAGCGGUCCAGGAUAGCCCCUAGUGCUGUGUAUGGGAGAGGAGAAGACAGAGACUUGACUUGGAGGCCUACCUGUACCACCAGUGCGGACUUGACCCCCAGUUUCGAAAUCAGUAUGACAAUGAUGUCACUGUUUGGAGCCCUCAGGGCAGGAUUCAUCAAAUUGAAUAUGCAAUGGAAGCUGUUAAACAAGGUUCAGCCACAGUUGGUCUGAAAUCAAAAACUCAUGCAGUGUUGGUUGCAUUGAAAAGGGCACAAUCAGAGCUUGCAGCUCAUCAGAAAAAAAUUCUCCAUGUUGACAACCAUAUUGGUAUCUCAAUUGCGGGGCUUACUGCUGAUGCUAGACUGUUAUGUAAUUUUAUGCGUCAGGAGUGUUUGGAUUCCAGAUUUGUAUUCGAUAGACCACUACCUGUGUCUCGUCUUGUAUCUCUAAUUGGAAGCAAGACCCAGAUACCAACACAACGAUAUGGCCGGAGACCAUAUGGUGUUGGGCUGCUUAUUGCUGGUUAUGAUGAUAUGGGCCCUCACAUUUUCCAAACCUGUCCAUCUGCUAACUAUUUUGACUGCAGAGCCAUGUCCAUUGGAGCCCGUUCCCAAUCAGCUCGUACUUACUUGGAGAGACAUAUGUCUGAAUUUAUGGAGUGCAAUUUAAAUGAACUAGUUAAACAUGGUCUACGUGCCUUAAGAGAGACACUUCCUGCAGAACAGGACCUGACUACAAAGAAUGUUUCCAUUGGAAUUGUUGGUAAAGACUUGGAGUUUACAAUCUAUGAUGAUGAUGAUGUGUCUCCAUUCCUGGAAGGUCUUGAAGAAAGACCACAGAGAAAGGCACAGCCUGCUCAACCUGCUGAUGAACCUGCAGAAAAGGCUGAUGAACCAAUGGAACAUUAAGUGAUAAGCCAGUCUAUAUAUGUAUUAUCAAAUAUGUAAGAAUACAGGCACCACAUACUGAUGACGAUAAUCUAUACUUUGAACCAAAAGUUGCAGAGUGGUGGAAUGCUAUGUUUUAGGAAUCAGUCCAGAUGUGAGUUUUUUCCAAGCAACCUCACUGAAACCUAUAUAAUGGAAUACACUUUUCUUUGAAAGGGUCUGUAUAAUCAUUUUCUAGAAAGUAUGGGUAUCUAUACUAAUGUUUUUAUAUGAAGAACAUAGGUGUCUUUGUGGUUUUAAAGACAACUGUGAAAUAAAAUUGUUUCACCGCCUGGUA